AUGGAGAAGUACGAGAGGAUUAAGGUACUAGGGGUUGGGUCAUUUGGAAAGGUGUAUCUCAUGCGGCAUCGGCAGCAGCGAAGACUCGUGUGCGCGAAGAUAAUCAAGAUCAAGAACAUUCCCCGCAAGGAACGAGAAGCCUGCCGCACCGAGGUAUUUUCCAAGUGUUCAACGUCACAAUGCAAAGGUGCUGAGUACUAA